GGCUGGGGAGCCCAGCUUGGGGUUUAGAACCUCGACUUCUCAGGGGGAAUCCCGGCAGCUGAGAUAUCCCUCUGGAACUUCAUCUGCUGCCUGUGAGAGCUCGGCCAGCCUUCUAGGGCCUUCAUAUUUCCUACCAGUCUUGAUGGGGGCUCCGCUUUACAUCUCGGUUAUAGGGGUUGUCUCCAGCUAAUCUUCAGUUGGUUAUUCAGGAUGAUUUUUCUAUAUUUUGGUUGUAAUUCCAGUUUGUCCUAGAAGAGUGUCAGUGUAACUUCCACAUAACCCAACACCAUCUUGGAGUCCCCUUAAUUAAACUUGUUUUAUCUAUUCCUUUUCUGACACCAAUCUGGAAAGGAAAAGAAAGUCUUGAUUUUUUGCUGCCUAAUGCAGGUAGACUUUAUAUCCUUGAUAGCUGAUAGGUGAUGAUCACUUGUUACCCCUGGGUGAAGAUGGGAAUUUUGGUUUUCAUGCAGCCUCCCUUGGUCUUUAGUUUUAAGAAAACACACUCUAAAAGUUACUUUUAAAAAUAUUGAACCUAUGUGAUCUUCUAAUCAACACAGAGAAAUACUGGAGCUGCUGUCCACGGAGUUGGAAGUCAUUUAGUUUGAACUGCUACUUUAUUUCUACUGACACCAACAAUUGGACAGAAAGUAGAAAGAAGUGCUUAGGAAUGAAGGCUCACCUGCUGGUGAUCAACUCCAAGGAAGAGCAGGAUUUUAUCAUUCAGAACCUGAAUAAAAGCAAAAAGUACUAUUUGGGGCUGUCAGACCCAGAGGGUAACAGAGACUGGCAAUGGGUUGAUCAGACACCGUACAAUGCAAGUGCCACAUUCUGGCAUCCAGGCGAACCCAAUAAUCAGUGGGAGCGCUGUGUUAUACUGAAUCAUCGUUCACAGAGAUCGUGGGGCUGGAAUGAUGUUUAUUGUGAGAAAUCUCACUGGUCAAUUUGCAAGAUGAUGAAGAUCCACUUAUGAGUGGGAAAUUCUCCAUGAACAUGCGGUUGAAUU